AGUCGACUCGACAAUCACAAAGAUGGCGCCGCCUCGAAAGUGAGUCCGUACGCAGCAAGACGAAUAAUGUGAUAGAAAAAUAGUGAAGGCGUCGUCGAGAAGAGCGUUUCGGACGGACGGAGCGGCCGCUGGCGCCGCGAGAUGAAGGAGGCCGGCGGCGGGGCCAAGAUGACGGCCGGGGGACCGCGUAGGGGCGACCGAUACCUGCCCCAGUUCAAGGAGCGCGUGGUGAUUUUCGCCAAGACUCACACCUUCCUGGAAACGGCCAGGAAGUUCAACGUCCACAACACGACCGUGUCCGACUGGGUGCGCGACUACGACAACAAACACAAGCCGACUGAGGAGCCGCAGGACGCGCCGGAACUGAUGGACACGGCGGGCCGCAGCGCGGACGACAAGUUUCGCGAGUGGCUGCUGGCCUGCGUCGCCGACGACGACGCCGUCGACUCGAUCACCAGAGACUCUUUGGUGCAAAAGGCUGAGGAGGCGGUGUCCACGACGGACACCGCCUCAGACUGGUUCACCACGUGGCUCUGCAGACUGAAGGAGCAGACCAAGAGGGAGCGCAACUGCUCCCACCUGCAAUACCCACCGUGGUUCAAGACUGCCGUGCGCCACCACACAGAGCGCACCAACGCGUCGCAGGCGGCCUCGGCCUUCGGGCUCUCCCGCCGAACCGUCUGCGUCUGGAUCAAGCCCAAGCCUGAUGGCCAGGAGACCAAGAAGAAGCGCGGAGGCGAGGGAAGAGCUGUCACCGACACCAACAUUGACAAGCAGCUCGUCAAGUGGGUGCAUAGUACCUUUGGGGAGGGAGAAAUCAAGAAACUGGAAGUUCGAAAGAAGGCUCAAGAGAUGUACUCAGCAGCUGGUUAUCAAAUAGCCUGCUCCAACGGCUGGUACAUUCGUUGGUGCCGAAGACACAUGGUCAACACCAAGAAAAAAUUGGCUUUGGAUUCUAAAGUUGAGCACAAACUUGUGCACUGGAUUUUGACUGAAACAGAGAGAUGGCAGCCCAUGUCUAAUGUACUGCUUAGGGACCAAGCAAUCAAACUGGGCAAACUGACUACUUGCAAUGAGAACUUCAAAGUGUCUAGUUCGUGGCUUUUCCGAUUCCUACAUCGCUAUUCCUCACUUCUACAACCGCAACGCAACCUCUGUGAAAACAUCUAUCCAGAGUUCAUGGUUGAUGCUGUGGCUGACUUCCGCAGGUCGCUAGAGAAAAUGUUCUUUAUUGGAUGCAUGGACGAGUUGCCUAUCAGUUUCUCCUACCCUAUGUCAGGAGAAAGUGACGUAGACCUCAGCUCUUACGGAAUCAACGUAAAGAAACUGGAACUGCUGCCAAAAUCAACGUCCAAAUGCACUUUUGCUCUUUUGGUUCUCUCUGCUCUGGAAGACGGUCAAGUUCUACCACCAUGCCUAUUAUUCCCUGGGCCAAUUGACUCUUACAAAGACUGCCCAGAGGUCAAGUCGAAUCUUGUGCACAUCAAAUCACAAACCACCAUGGUGAUGGAGAUCGAAAGCUUCAGGCAGUGGAUUGAGGAAAUCUGGUUUAGUCACAUCACAGUACCUAACGCCCUGGUCGUUGACUGCCUUGACACCCACAAUGAUGAGUUUGUGAUCACAGCUAUGGCCAAAGUGUCGUGUCACCUCGCCAUCAUGCCCAACGGAUGCGCCAACAUCUUGCAGCCACUGCAGAGAGGAGGAUUCACUGACUGGUUCAUGAAUGGAAUUAGAGAGCGUUGGCUGAACACAACUGUGCUGGACAAGCUUUCUGUGCCCAACCCACAACAGCUGAUUGAAUGGGCUGCUGAGCUGUACACACUUUCGAAGAAUCCGCAACAACAGGAAAUGGUCAUUCAAGGUUUCAAGCUGGCUGGUCUGCGAAGUGACCCAUUGUUUUGAAGGAAUUUGAUGGGGAAAAUUAACUAGGAUGGUGAGACUUUGUAGGUUCAAUUGAAAUUUGGCUGAUGAUGAUUUUAGGUGUCGAACAUCUGAAAAUAUUGGUAAUGUUUUGUCUCUUGGAAUCUCUUUUCAUGUGGUUUGUUAAAAGAGAAGGCUUUUCAUAAGAUUCGGUUUCUAAAACCACUUGCAGGUCGACUGAUUGAAAUGAUCGAGUGUGUUUCAAAUGUGCAACUUGAAAGAGUGGUUAAAUUCAUUAACAUUUCGUAUAAAUUUUAAUAUUCUAUACACAAAAUGCAAUCCUGAGGAUUGAACGUUUUAAAUGUAGAUCAUUAAUGUUGUUCAUUUGGUUUAUUUACAAAGUAUCUUGCUAAAUUUUUAGCAUUAUUUUGAGGGAGCAUGGCGCGUCGGAACGUUUGGAGAAUGCGCGUGCAUUGCUUUUGAACCAACAACAACAACUAGGCUAAUAGUGAAACAGCUGAUAUCAUUUGUUCCUUGUUUUAACUCGUAGUGAGAGGUUCAAAGUUUGCAAUAACUGGUUUGCUAAGGUAUGUGGAACGAGUAGAGAAGUAAUCAAAUUACUUUGACGAAUGUGAUAUUAUAUACAAAUCCGAGUUAAAAAAUGCGAUGAUGGCCUGAGGCUUGAAAUCUACAAAUAAGGUAGAAGUGGCGCGCCAAUGCUCCCACACGCGUAAAUUGCUUGAUUGCAAUUUUAGCCUUUUCUGUUAAACCAUUUCGGAGUUUUGUUAUAAGCUAAUUCUAGCUUAGAUAAUUCAUUUUUACACUCUAAGUAUUUGACAAUUAUUGAAUUAACUCUAAUUGUAGGCCCUUUAUAAUAUGUCAGUUUAGAAUAAACAGGGACAGAAAGCGCUGCUUUCAUGAAAUUUCAUAUUGUGGCGUAUUUGCAAAUUACCGCACUCAACAAAUUACAGAAGUUCAAAAGCAACCAUUUUUUUCGACCACUUUUGGGAGUUUGCAACACCACAACCGACUGAUUCACUCAACCACUAACUGAAAAAUGCGGACUGACACAAAUUUAUUGAUUUGCUGCACUGAAAAAUCCCGACUUGCAGCUUCUGUCCCUGUGCCUAGCUGCAGAAAGAGAGAGAAAGAGAGUUUAAUCAUAGGAGCGUAAUUGGUAAUUAUUAAGUCUUUUAAACUAAGUUAGCGCUUUUGCAAGUACAUCAAGUGUCCCUGGUCAGCACCGGGCACAAGUAUUUUAAUCCUAUGAUUAUUCUUUCCAUAUUCGAAUAGAUAGAUUCUGAUGAUAUAUAAAACAGAAAGAAAGUAAUCAUCUCCCUAUAGGAAAGAUGGCGUUAACACUAUGGUUAACAAACAUUGCAGAUGUUGCCAAAAUGAAUGAGAAAGCAAGUUGUAGCUCUUGGACUUUAGGAAAAAAACCAAGCGUAAACUCUGGAAAUAUCCAUAUUCCACUUCUCUGUAUAGAGAGAAUUAUAAUUAAUCCCAUUUGUGAGAUUGGAUUUCUGAUUCUUAAGUCCCUCUAUACACAGUAAAACUGCUGCGAGUAUUGAAAAAUAUUUUUUAAGAUUCAUUUAAAAUAUUAAUUUGAUGUAUCAGUUAACUUCAAGAUAUCUUUACUAGGAAAAUAUGCUACCGUGUUCGGAUUGUUUGGUUUUCUGCCAAUAAUAUUUUUGGAGUAAAAACGUUUGUUCAUUCGCAAUGAGCAGUAGACACAUGACUUUCUCAUUCUUUGCGGCGCAAUUUGUAUUGAACUAAGAUACACUAUAUAGAGACUUGUAAACAAACUGAGAAAAGAAACUACCAAUUGUUGUUUAGCUAGUUCAAUUUAUUUCUGUACUGAAUUCAAAAGACUUACAAGGAAAAGAAUAUUGCAUUACAUAUGACUGAGGCUUGCAAGACUUUGAAAAACAAGCAACAAACAAAUCAUCAAAAUGUUUUUCAUAGAACUGACGGGAUCGAAAAUAACAAUUAAAUGGCGUAAAUUUUUGUUUGUUUCUGUUUACCUCACAGUGUGGCCCCGCUUUCUGCAGAAGGGGCCACUCUAAAAGUGCAAGACACACUCACUCACUCACUCACACGUAUGUACGAAUCACUCUUUGUGCUGUCGCCCGACCCGUUGCCUGAGUGGCCUUACAUUUCACUGAGCGGUCGGGCGCGAAACUGAAAAAUGAACUGCUGCUGAAUCCAAACGCGCUGGCCGAAGCAUCAAAUGCUCUCGCGCUGGUUUCACCAACUUUCGCAAAUCCAUCAAUUGUUCAGGUUUUGUAACGUUUAACUAUAACGAUAAGUUAACUCCUCACUAUGUUUUGUAUUUUAGUUUUUUUUUUUUUAAUUUCGGAAACGAAUUAUUGAAAGGAUAUAAAAAAACUGAUUGUAAGUUCGUGAAACACCAUUACCGUUUGUAAAAUAAAACAUUGAUUACCUGCAUAAAAACCUUAAUUGACUGCUGGCGGACUGCGUGAAAAUUCUGUUCAGACGCAAUCUUGUUAGCCGCGCCUCUGCUGUGCGGAAGUGCAGUCCGCCGUUUAAACUACAAUAAUAUAGACUUCAUUUUUACUUGUAUCGACUGCUAUAUUCAAAAUAAUCAUCGUUCUCGCGACUGAGGAACCACCAAUUAUUCACUGAAAGUUGGUUUACAAAUAGACGGAGCAAAAACUACUCGUUGUUUGCCGCAAUAAACAGACUUAGAGAGCAUGUUUGUUGCCAUAAAAAUGUAAUUUGUAAUUUUCCAUGAACAGACGUGGCCCAUGGAGCUGCCUCUGACACAUUUUUGCUGCUAUACUGCUACUUUGUAUUACAAACAUGCAACUAUUUGUAAUUUGUAUUUUUCUUUGAUGUCCGGAACAUUUAGAACUGCGUAAUGACUGAACAUGAAAAAAAUCUGUUUAACUAUCUCUAUAUAGUACUGAUGAUGUGUUAGUCUACCAGUAUGUAAUUCUCAGCAUGUAAGCGAAUAAAAGUGUUUCUAAACACACAAA